AUGGGGCACAGCCACAUGAAAUUUAUGGGCGGAAUGGCGGAUAUUUUGACGGCUGCUGGACAUGUUGUGACAGAAAUCCGACCCCGAAUGGACCCGCACGCCAAAUGGGGCGGCGUUUCGAAAAGCAAGCAUCUUUUGCAUUACCCGAUUGACAAGGAAGUGCUGCGAUUUAGGGCAGCAAUGGAAAACGACCCGAAUCUAUUCAUGGCGCAGCUUUGGGCCAAAGAUAUGACGCCGUUCGAAAUGGCAAAAAUGACGGAAAACAUGACGUUCAGUUUCGCCCGGAUGUGCGAGCAUGCCGUGUUUGAAACGGACCUACUCGUGACGCUGAAAAGCAAAAAGUAUGAUGUCGGAAUCAGCGAGGCGAUGGACGAGUGUGGACAUGGAAUUUUCGAAGCCAUCGGCUUGAAGACCGUCAUAGCCGCGUCGAGCAUGAACAUCAUGGAUCAUCAGGCGGCACUUUUCGGCAUUCCGCGGCACUGCAGCUAUGUCCCAGGAAGCAUGGGGAACUCCAAGCAAGAAAUGAACCUCUGGCAACGAGGGCUGAAUAUGCUGGGAUCCUUUUUCGAAUCCCGAAUGAUGGACGGGGUUAUGGCAGCACAGGACGCGGUGUUUAAGAAGCAUCUAGGGGCCGGGUUUCCGGAACUAAAGGACAUCAUCGCCCGCUCCGCUAUCUUGUUCACCAAUACCCAACCCUACAUCGAAUUCCCGAGGCCAACUAUCCACAAAGUUGUGGACCUGGGUGGAAUCCACAUCAAGGAAAAGUUGCCGCCCCUUACUGAGGGAUGGAAUAACGUCCUCUCCAAAAAACCGAAAACUGUCCUGAUCUCGUUUGGCUCGGUGGCAAAGUCAUUUUUGAUGCCGCUCACCUACAAAAAGGCAAUCGUAGAAGCAGUUCGAGAAAUUUCAGACGUCCAAUUCAUCUGGAAGUACGAGGAGGACGACCUGAACUCCUGGGACCUGCCCGAAAAUUUGUAUUUGAGCAAGUGGACUCCACAGACUGCGUUGUUGGCGGACCCUCGUCUUAGCCUAUUUGUUAGCCAUGGUGGACUUGGAAGUACGAUGGAAAUUGCUUACAGUGGAAAACCAGCGAUCGUCAUUCCUCUCUUCGCCGAUCAGCCCCGGAAUGCCCAGAUGCUAAAACGACACGAAAUUGUCGAAAUCAUGUCUAAAUUCGACUUGGCGGACAACCUAAAGCUGAAAGAGGCAGUUCAAGCAAUGCUGAACGAUGAAAGCGCUCAAAAGAAAGCCGCUCACAUCUCCUCGAUGCUAAAGCAUGCUCCACUGAAGCCAAAAGAACUCUUGUUGAGGAACGUGGAAUUUGUGGCAAAAUUCGGCUCCCUGCCCCAACUCGACCCUCACGGACGGCAGCUCUCCUUCAUCCAGUAUUUCUUGUUGGACGUUCUCGGUGCUCUGCUUCUUUGCGCUCUCUCCAUUCUCACAGUCGUCUACUUGGUCCUCAGAAGAAUCUACCGCUUUUUCGUGCCAAAAACGAAGACGAAAAGCGAA